UUUAUGCCCCCAAAAACAAAAAAAAAUGAGCUAAAUCCAAAUCGGCUCAAAGUAAUUUCUAAUAAAUAAAAUUAAUAGGAAGAAGCAAACAAAGCCUUUUUGAAUAGUGAAUAUGAUUUAGCACUAGCUCUAUACACAAAAGCUAUUUGUAAGAAUAGAUUUGAUUAGUUUUUAGAGAUUGAAGAAAAUCCAAUUUACUAUAAUAAUCGUUCUUAAGCAUAUUUUUAUAUGGAUGAUUUAGAGCUAGCACUUUAAGAUUGUAAUAGAGCUGUAUUGUUGAAUCCAAAUUAUAUCAAGGCUAUUAUAAAUAAGGCUUAGAUACUUUAUGAAAUGGGUUACAUUUAAGUAUGUAUAUAAUUAAAAAUAGGAUGCUAUUUAAUGUUUGUAAUAGACAGAAAAUCAAAGUUCAGAAAUAGAGAAACAUUUAAACUAUUAUAAAUCAAUAGCUCUCUAAGUAAAUGUGAUUUUACAAUAAGUCUUCGAUUGAUUCAGGUGAACUUGAGAGAUAGAAAAGACUUUUAGAAUGGCUUAAAAGUGGAUAAGCUGUAUUCCCUAAAAUAAAGAUUGAAUGUUAUGGUGAAGAUUAUAGAGGUGUUAAUGCAAGAAAAUCUAUAAGUUAAAAAGAAAUCAUCCUUUUUGUUCCUAGAUCUCAUAUGAUAACUUUAGAAAUGGCAAAAGAAACACCAGUAGCUAAAAAAAUAAUACAAAAUAGACUAGAUUUACUAUCUCCAAAACAUUCAUUUCUCUCAACUUUUUUAUUAUAAGAAAAAAGUAAAUAGGAUUCGUUUUGGAAACCUUAUCUAGACGUUCUUCCAAAAUUAUAUUCUUCUUUUCCAAUCUUUUUCAAUGAUAAUGAUUUAGAAUGGUUAAAAGGCUCUCCAUUUUUAAGUAUUAAGAUUUUUAACAUUAUAGAAUAAGUCAAGUAAAAAAUCACAGAUUUAAAAAAAGAUUAUUGUGACAUUUGUUAAAUAGCUCCUGAAUUUCUCUAACAUUCAUUUGAUGAAUUUUGUUGGGCUAGAAUGACUGCAAGCAGUAGAAUUUUUGGAAUCAACAUAAAAGGUGUUAAAACAGAUGCUUUUGUUCCGCUUGCAGAUAUGCUUAAUCAUAAACGUCCUAAAUUAACAUCUUGGUGUUAUUCUGAUGAAAAAUAAGGUUUUAUAAUAGAAACUGAUGAAAAUAUUGAAAAAGGUUAAAUGAUUUUCGAUAGUUAUGGAAGUAAAUGCAAUUCGAGAUUCUUAUUAAAUUAUGGUUUCGUUGUUGAAGAUAAUAAUGCUAAUGAAGUAAAUGUGUAUGUCGAACCAGAUGGAUCUAUUCCAUUCAUUUAAUUAAAGGAAGCUUUUAUUAAAGAAACUUUAACAUUACCAAAAUCUUUUCGAUUAGUUAUUGAUCCAGAUGGUAUGCAAUACAUUUCAUCUAGAUGUAAUGAUUUUGGAUUUCAUGAGUUUCAUAAGGCUAAUCGUAAUAAAAGAUGAAAAUGAACUUAUUAAUCUACUUGGAAAAAGUUCUUAUUUUAAACCUACAAAAAUCUCAUUUGUUGGAAUUUAAAAUGAAUUGGCUAUGUGGAAUCAUAUUGAAAAUAUUUGUAUUCAUGCACUUAAUUAAUAUCCAACAACAUUAGAAGUAAAAUAUAUCAUCUAUUUUAAGUAAGACAAUGAAAUACUCAAAAUUUGUGAAUUAACUACUAAUUAAAAAAAUUGCCUCAUUUUACGAAUGGGUGAAAAAAAAAUACUAAACUUUUAUUUGUAAUUCAGUCAAUAAAUGCAUAAAUUAUUCUCUAAUUUUGAUUUUGUUGUAUGCUAUUUUAAAUAUUAUUUUAUAGGAAUUAAUAAAAUUCUAAUAAACUUAGGAAAACUACCAUUACUUUAGUUAUUUAAAUAAGAUUACUAAUGAUCUAAAAAUUCAAAACAGAAAAUUAUUAUUAUGA